AUGGCUAACUCAAUGUGGUUUGGCCGGAAAACACCUCAAAAGCCUCGGAGGUCACCGGAAACUGGGAUCUUCUGUGAUAUGCCUGCCUUGGCAGAUAGAGAUAACAUUCUUCUGAGGUACACCCGCUUGGGAAACUCUUUGAUUUGCCAACCACAACAGAGAAACAUGCAUGGUCGAAUCUUUGGAGGGUUUUUGAUGCACCGAGCAUUUGAAUUGGCUUUCUCCACCGCUUAUGCCUUUGCAGGCUUGGUGCCUUGCUUUUUGGAAGUCGAUCAUAUUGACUUCUUGAAACCUGUGGACGUUGGAGAUUUCCUGUGUUUCAGAUCAUGUGUUCUUUACACAGAAGUUCAAAAUCCUGAUCAGCCUCUAAUUAACAUCGAAGUUGUGGCCCACGUUACGAGGCCUAAGCUCAGGUCUAGUGAGGUUUCAAAUACAUUUUAUUUCACUUUCACCGUACGCCCGGAGGCAAAGGCCACAAAAGAUGGAUUCAGGUUACUGAAUGUGGUUCCAGCAACAGAGGAAGAAGCACGCCAUAUAGUAGAACGCAUGGAUGCUCAAGCCCUGAUUUCAACAAAAUAUUCAAUCAGCAAAUAA